UCCGCAUUUGCCGUUUGAUCAUUCCGAAAAUAAAAAAAAAGCAACCUCCACCACCUUCUCGAAGAUCCACUACCGGCGGGCUAUCUAAUCUCCGGUCGUCUCAGGAAGAAUUGAAGGUUAGGGGACGAUGAGUGAGGUAUUCGAAGGAUACGAACGCCAAUACUGCGAGCUCUCUGCGAACCUCUCAAGAAAGUGUACGGCAGCUGGUGCUCUUAAUGGAGAGCAAAAGAAACAAAAAGUUUCUGAGAUAAAGUCUGGAAUUGAUGAAGCAGAAUCACUGAUUCGGAAAAUGGAUCUUGAGGCGAGAAGUUUGCAACCUAACGUGAAGGCUGCGCUUCUUGCUAAGUUGAGGGAAUAUAAAUCAGAUCUGAAUAAUCUGAAAAGCGAAGUCAAGAGAAUUGUCUCUGGUAACUUAAAUGCAGCUGCCCGAGAUGAGUUGUUGGAAUCAGGCAUGGCAGAUGCACUCACAGCAUCGGCUGAUCAAAGAGCAAGAUUAAUGAUGUCAACGGAUAGAUUAGGCAAAUCUGGUGACAGAAUUAAAGAAGGUAGAAGAACCAUGCUGGAAACAGAGGAGCUUGGUGUCUCAAUUCUUCAAGAUUUGCAUUCUCAGCGACAGUCUCUCUUGCAUGCUCAUAGCACGCUGCAUGGGGUGGAUGAUAACAUAGGAAAGAGCAAGAAAGUUUUGACUGCCAUGUCAAGGAGGAUGAGCAGGAACAAGUGGAUUAUUGGCACCAUUAUUGCAGCUCUUGUCAUUGCUGUCGCCUUGAUCUUGUACUUCAAACUUUCUUAGUAGCGAGGACAAUUUAUCUUGGGCUUGUGGGUGUCUCCAAGGGACACAUUUUCGUCGUUCUUCAGCCUUUAUUGUUCUUGUUCGUUUUGUGAGCUUGGAAUUGAGUGCUAACAUAAAAUUACUUUGCUGUUCGGUUACACAGCAAAUGGUGAUUUGCUUUGUUCAUUGUUGGAUGUAUGUGUUCUAUUUUGUCGUGUAUGGAGUUGUGGUUCCUCUGUAAUGAGUACAUAUUGAACAGAGUAUGAUUAAUCAGAAAUUAAAUAUUAUUCCAUUA